AUGCAUGCUGGUAUGACUGGUACUGCGGCCAACGUUCGAUUCCACCAAACAGCACGCAACGUUUCGGCUCAGCCUCAGCUGGUCCAAGCUGGUGCUAUGCCUACUGUUCUAACUCCACUUGGGGAUCAAAGUGCAAUUCUUGGUUCUCAGCCUCGCUGGAAUCGUACUGCAAUACCAGCGCAAAUCGGUGCUGUUUCAGGCAGACCGCCUGUUGCAAGCCACUAUCUUGGUGCACAUAAUCCUGCUGCUAUUACACCUAAUCACAUGGCUGCGUUCGCUCAGUUGCGCUCACCUGGUGUCAACCGUCCCAUGGUACCUAACGUCCUCAACCAAGCUGCAAAUCAACAGAGACAACAGGCGUCCGGCAGACAAGGGGUAGUUAUGCCACAGGUUUUGGCAGCAACAGCUGGUGGCUUAAACCAACGACAGACUGCAGCUUCUGUGGUUGCAGGACCACCAUCAGUGAACUCUCCUGUUCGCCAACAGGUAGCACCACAAGUUCCAAGGGCUGUGAUGCAUGCUGGUAUGACUGGUACUGCGGCCAACGUUCGAUUCCACCAAACAGCACGCAACGUUUCGGCUCAGCCUCAGCUGGUCCAAGCUGGUGCUAUGCCUACUGUUCUAACUCCACUUGGGGAUCAAAGUGCAAUUCUUGGUUCUCAGCCUCGCUGGAAUCGUACUGCAAUACCAGCGCAAAUCGGUGCUGUUUCAGGCAGACCGCCUGUUGCAAGCCACUAUCUUGGUGCACAUAAUCCUGCUGCUAUUACACCUAAUCACAUGGCUGCGUUCGCUCAGUUGCGCUCACCUGGUGUCAACCGUCCCAUGGUACCUAACGGUAUGUCAUCAUUGCCCUCGAACCCUCAUUUACAAUCCGCUACAGUCCUCAACCAAGCUGCAAAUCAACAGAGACAACAGGCGUCCGGCAGACAAGGGGUAGUUAUGCCACAGGUUUUGGCAGCAACAGCUGGUGGCUUAAACCAACGACAGACUGCAGCUUCUGUGGUUGCAGGACCACCAUCAGUGAACUCUCCUGUUCGCCAACAGGUAGCACCACAAGUUCCAAGGGCUGUGAUGCAUGCUGGUAUGACUGGUACUGCGGCCAACGUUCGAUUCCACCAAACAGCACGCAACGUUUCGGCUCAGCCUCAGCUGGUCCAAGCUGGUGCUAUGCCUACUGUUCUAACUCCACUUGGGGAUCAAAGUCAGCUAACAAUAAGCACUCUGGCCCAGUUACCUGAAGAGGAGCAGAAGCGCAUGCUAGGCGAACAUCUCUUUCUGCGCGUUUUGGCAAUGUUUCCUGAAGAUGCAAAAAAAAUUACUGGAAUGCUUCUAUGCGUCGAUAAUGCUGAAGUUAUCAAUCUCUUAGAAUCUGAGGAGCUGUUGCGAGCGAAAUGUGAGGAAGGCAUUGAUGUGUUGAGAGGCCAUCAAAACCAAAAACGUGACAUUACCGAUGACAGACGUGCUUCUCCAGGUCAGAAUGGGGACGGUUCGACUGGUGCAUGUGUCACACCAGGUUCAUUGAAGCCUGAAGAUUCCAACAAUUAAACGGGGCACGUCCCGUUAUGAGCUUCUAUUACCUUCCUUGUUGUUUAACUUUUAUUCCUUUCUUACUUAUGAGUUGGUAGACGGUUUUCGAACAUACUUCUUGUCCCAUUGUUUCUUGCCUUUGCUUU